AUGAUAAUAAUUGCAGCUAAAGAUUUUUAUGCCGUCUUAGGUGUUAAACGAGAUGCAACUGAAAAAGAAAUCAAAAGAAAAUUUCGUCAAUUAGCUUUAAAAUAUCAUCCAGAUAAAAAUCAAGAUCCAAAAGCUGAAGAAACAUUUCGUACUAUAGUUGAAGCAUAUGAUGUAUUAAGUAAUCGAGAUAAACGUCGUCAAUAUGAUAUGCAAGGAGAUCAAUCAUUUCGAUCAUCAUCAAAUCAAGAUCAUUCUUCUGAUUUUCAUUUUAAUAUGCAUGAUUUUUUUAAAGAAUUUGAUGCUGCAUCAUCUCAAUUUUAUGAAGCUCAUCAUCGAGCACAUAAUGAAGCACAUCAACGAGCACAUAAUGAAGCACAUCAACGAGCACAUCAAAAAGCACAUCAACGAGCACAACAAGGCUUUUAUGAUUUUGAUUUUGGUUCACUUUUCGAUGAUGAUGAUGAAAUUGGAAUGGAUUCAAAUGAUCUUGAUGAUAAUAAUAUAGAUAUUACCGAUCUAUUUGGAGGUUUCAGUAAUAGUUUCAAUGCAGAGAAUCGUCGUACACAUACAUCAAGUUUUUCUAAACAUACUCAUAAACAUUGUCAUACUAUAACACGUCGAGUAGGAAAUACUGUAUCAACAAUUACUGAAUGUAAUUAA